AUGGAUCGCGCCCAGCUUCUCUUGGUUGGUUUACCUCUCUUCCUUCUCUGCUCCGACCUCCUUUCCCUUUUCACAUCAUCUCCUCCACCGCCCAAACCAUCUCACAACCACCACCACCACCACCACCACCAACAGCCACAUUCAGUUGUUGACCCUGUAGUUCCGUUUCCCUCCCACUCCGAGAAAUUCACCUCAAAUAUUGGAGAUGUAGGUUACGGCAACACUGUCAACAUCAAUUUCUGCUCUUCUUGCUCCUACAAGGGAACGGCGGUGACACUAAAGAAUAUGUUGGAGAUUGCUUUUCCUGGAGUUGAGGUUAUUCUUGCAAAUUAUCCUCCACCUCUUCCGAAACGUCUGCUAAGCAAAGUGGUUCCAGUCGUUCAAAUUGGGGUUGUAGGUGUUGUAGUUGCAGGUUUGGAACCAUUGCUACUACUUGGCUUCUUGGGAAUGCCUUGCAGUCAUUCUUGCAAAGCUCUGGCGCAUUUGAAGUUUACUUCAACGGCAAUCUGGUGUUCUCUAAACUGA